AUGAGGAACUGGUACGACUCGCUUAGACUUGCCAGAAGCGUGAUCACCAAGUCGUCCUCGCUGACCGGAGCGCCCACUGCGUCGAGCUGCUCCGCCAGCGUCUUGAUCUUGUUGAUGUGCUCCAGCACAUCAUCACCUUUUUCCAUCAUCGUGGUGAAGAAACGUCGACGAAGGAAGAGCUUGUUCGCCAAACUCUUCUUCUCGAAGUCUGCGAAAUCCUCCAUCGCGAGACAGAUAAUCGCCAGCGCCUUGCGCGACUUCUGCUUGAACGUCGCUUGUUGGUUCCGUCGAACUUGUUGA